CUGCGGCUAUUAUGUCUCUCGCCACGCCUCAAGGUUUGUUCUGCUCUCUUUCUCUGCGUUCCACGAGUUCAAUUGAUUGCCUUUGAUUUUUCCUUCUUUUAUGUUUGCAUUUUCUCGAUUGCCGAUGAUUUGGAUCGAUUGUAGGGCUGCUACGGCUGCUACGACACACGGGAAAUAGGCGAUACGAGGCGCGCGGCGGAUGAGAUUGGAGAGGACAGAUUCGCAAUCCUGGGAUUAUGGAGAGAGAGCAGAGACAGAACGCUGAUUUAUAUCCCCGGGCAAAGAAACCACAUUCAUCAUGGCCCCUCCAACAGCCGCAAAACGACCGCACGCCGCCGUGAGUAAAGGCAGCGCAAACAUGCCCACCAUCGAGCCGUGGGCCGAGCUACCGUAUCCCAACUUUGACUGCUCAAAGUACAACUACAUAUUGACCGACGAUGGCGGGUUCUGGCAACUGCAACAACAGCAUUCGCCCUCAGAAGAGCUCCCCAACGUAGUACCGCGCAUCGCGACGAGCAAGUCACCUAUACAAAAAGCCCAAGAUAUCGAAUGGACCUGUCUAUCAGCAGCAUGUCCCUCGAAGCCUUUUAAGCGCAAAGUCGACCUCGACAAGCAUUACAAACAGGCCCAUGUCGACAGCCAAACCACGGCGCCCUCGCCCGCGCUCUCCCUAAAAGACAUCACACCCGCGACAAGUACAAGCAAUCCUAGCCCCAAGAUCACAACCAAGAAACCGCCAGCCGGCAGCAGCAAGGCCAAGGGCAAGGCCGCGGGCGCAGGGGCGGCGGGGGCGACGGGGACAGGUACAGCGGCGCAAGGAAACAGGAAUAACAGCGUCAACGGCGCUGGCAACAAUAGCAUUAGCAACAAGGACGGCACCGCAGGUGUUUUUCUCUGCGACUACCCGGCCUGCAACCGCAAGAACGAACCGUUCAACCGCAAGGACCGGCUGCGCAUUCACCUUACCGACGUCCACAAGGAAGACGUGAGCGCAAAGACGUUUGAGAUGACGGUCGCGUGGCUGCAGGAGCGCAAGAUCUAUCCCAAGUGGUGGCGGUGUUCCAAGUGCCUCGACAGGGUCAAGAUCGAGGAGAGCGGGUGGUCAUGUCCGCGGGACGGGUCCAAGGUGGAAGACACACGGCGCGAGUUUCGCGAGAAGCAGCAUAACAUGUGAAGAUGCAUCGCGGCGUCAGCAUUGUCUUUUGUGUCUCACCGGAUCGUUCAUCACCCCCAUUUGC